AUGCUCGCCGCCGCGCGCCCCGCGUCCGCCCACCUCCUCCUACUCGUCCCGCUCCCUUCUCCUCCCCGCCUUUCAAAUCCCGCCCCGACCCGCAGACUCUACGCCCUCGCCCCCGCCCGCCGCCCUGCGGCGGCGGCCGUGCGCGCGCGCCGCGAAUCCUCUCCUCCCUCCGCGCCCUCCCCUCCCGCCACCCCGGCCGACUCGCUCGACUGCGUCGGCACUGGCUCGGAUGUCGAGUGCUUCGUCGACGCCGGCGCCGAAGACGCCGCGAGUCCCCUCCUUCCCACGCGCUCCCCAGCCCCAGGCGCGUCCAAGGACGAUGGGAAGAGCGAGGGCGACGACGCGGCGGUCUCGGCUUCAUCCCCUGCGGGGAGGGAGCUCUGGGAGUGGACAUCCCUGGUGUCGCCCUUCUUCUUCUGGGGCACGGCUAUGGUGGCCAUGAAGGGGGUCAUCCCCCGCACGGGUCCCUUCUUCGUCGCCGCGCUGCGCCUGCUCCCCGCGGGCGCGCUGCUCGUCGCCUUCGCCGCCGCGCGCGGCAGGAAGCAGCCCUCCGGCUGGGAGGCCUGGCUCGCCAUCGCCGCGUUCGGACUCAUCGACGCCGCCUGCUUCCAGGCGCGUAAUCGUGGCCAUGGCUUUCUCGCGGAGGGAUUGCAGAAGACGUCGGCUGGGCUCGGGAGCGUCAUCAUUGACUCUCAGCCAUUGACGGUUGCUAUCCUUGCGUCACUGUUCUUUGGAGAGUCGAUUGGCACGAUAGGAGUUGGAGGGCUCGUGCUGGGUGUCGUGGGGCUCUUGCUUCUCGAGGUUCCAGCAUUGUCAAUUGAAGGAAAUGACACAACAAUCUGGGGAAGUGGGGAAUGGUUGAUGUUCCUCUCAGCUCAAAGCAUGGCAGUUGGAACUAUCAUGGUCCGCUGGGUGUCAAAGUACUCUGAUCCAAUUAUGGCAACAGGAUGGCACAUGAUUAUAGGUGGGCUUCCUUUGCUGGUUAUUUCUGUUCUUAAUCAUGAUCCUGCUCUGAGUGGCCAUAUUCAAGAUCUUACAUGGAGCGACAUAUUAGCACUUGGCUAUACAUCUAUAUUUGGCAGUGCUGUCAGCUACGGUGUAUACUUCUACAAUGCUACUAGGGGUAGCUUAACCACACUUAGUUCUCUCACUUUCUUGACCCCCAUGUUUGCAUCCGUUUUCGGAUACCUGUACCUGGGUGAGACCUUCUCACCAGUACAGCUUGGUGGUGCGCUUCUCACACUGGUUGCCAUCUACAUGGUCAACUACAAAAGCAUUAUAGGUGAGAAAUAA